AUGACGACGAGGCAGUCACAGCCACAGCUCGUGCGCGGCAAUGGCAACGGGGCAAGCUUCACGUUUGCGCCAAACACCACUGUCCUCAGACAACACCCCAACUUCACACAGAAACAGCGCAUAUCACACAAAAUGUCCGAGAAAACAGGAGCCGAUAAGCCCCCAGAGAGCCCCACAACGGCGCGUGAGCUCGACUUCGACGACGACAACGAAGCACCAGCCUCUUCUGCGCCUGAGAAGACCACCUCUCCACCGCCAGCCUCAAAAUCACCAAAGCCAGGUGUGAGGUUCUCCGAACAGGCAGAAGAGAUCCCCCCGCAGAAGCCCCCGCGGCCCGCAGACCCGAAUAUCGAAGCACAGAACACGUUGAUUGAGGCCUUCCCUGACAUCGACACGAAUGUUGUUAAGGCAGUCCUCCUUGCUAGUGGCGGAAAGGUUGAGCCUGCGUUCAAUGCGCUUUUGAGCAUGUCCGACCCCAACUUCAAGACCGAGGAGGCCCCGCCUCCACAGCCUCCGCGACCGCAACCGCGUAGCCAGCUUGAGCAAGAUGAGAUGUACGCUCGCCAAUUAGCUGAACACUACCAGAGCCAAGGAGGCCAGCAGAGUCAGGGUGGUUAUGGCUCACGGCAGCCGCAGCCCUACGCAAGGUCAAACAAUCAGAGCAACCAGAGCAAGGAUGAACGUGAAUACAACUUCUUUGACGACGACCUCCCUGAGAUCCGUAAGAACAUCGAGCAGGGUUUCCAGGAGACACAGAAGACAGUCAACAAGUGGAUUACCAGCUUCAAGAAGAAGCUUGAUGGCGAACCAGACGACUACGAUCAAUACGGAAACCCUGUACCUCGUGAGCGCGAACACGGGCAGUCUUCGCAUGGUCGCCAAAACUAUGGGCCAUCACAGUCUGAGCAGCUAUACGGUAUCCGCAAAUCGGCUGAGCAGCGUCGCUCUGCGGACAUCCGCCGCUCUGCGGACCACAACCGCUACGAUGCGGACAACCGGGUGCUGGGCGACGACUUCGCCCAGCUUGAGAUGAGGGACAACGAUUCUCAGCAGAGGUCGAGCAGCCGACCGUCGGCAAACCCCGACUUGUUUAAGCCGACCCCUGUUUCGCCACCGCAGAGCGGCCCCGUUGACGAGGUUGAUGCGCUGUACCGAAACCCCUCGCCGAACAACCAAGGAGGCAAAUCUGGUGGUAAGAAGUGGCAGCCUCUCACGUCAGUUGCGCCACACCCCGAGACGGAUGAACACGAUCCGUUCAGCCUCGGUGACAGCGACGAUGAAGACAACAACAAGACCAAGGACAUUAAUCCUGAAGAUACCGAAAGGCUUAAGAAGGCCGCAGAGUCGAAGGCCAAAGAGACGACAACAGCUGAACUGAAGCCUGCAACAAGGAGCGGAAGCGUUGGUCAGAAGGAUGCAGCUGCCGAGGCGCUGCUGAAGGAUGCCAAAUGAUUGCUCAUUGAUCGAUUGACUAGGGUGUAAAUGCUGAGAGCAGGUC